CUCUUAGGCUCACAAGAUCCGUCGGUAUACCGCCCAUUGAGUCUGCAGAGGAAAGAAAUACGGCUGGUCGUGAUUGAACCUCAAGAUAACGACGAUGAUACAAUACGAGUAUCGCUCCAAUACCUCUCCUUGGACGAACCGGAAGGGACGCCCUUCGAGGCUUUGUCAUAUUGUUGGGGCAGCGUCCAAGAUCUGAAGCCGAUUAUGAUGAAGAAUCCCGAUGCAUCCAAACCUGACUUUGAAUUUCAAGUCACAAGCAAUCUAUUCAGCGCCCUCAAGCACCUGAGACGCCCGCACGUGUCUCGCACUUUCUGGAUCGACCUGAUAUGCAUCAACCAAUCCAAUAUCGAAGAGCGCAACAAGCAAGUCGGUCUCAUGGGGCGGAUAUUUGCUUUGGCGAAGCACGUCCGAGUAUGGUUGGGAGAGUUUGACGAGGAAGUGGCGGCAGAAUUCGCCAUCAUGCGUACGAUCGCGCGAAAACAGCAAAAUCCGGAACUGUUGGCUGAUGCUUCGUUGGAGUCGUUGCCGGCCCACAUGCCACGCACUCAUAGCGACAUUUUUUCCGACAAAGCCAUCACUCCUCAUGAUAAAGUAUUUCAGAAGCCAUGGUUUUACCGUAUUUGGGUU